AAUGUCAACAGGAAGUGCCUUUGUUCAGUCACGGCAAGAAUCAACUACAAACCCAUAUCGAUUCAUUGGGCGUGCAAAUAGUUGUGUUGUGAAGCAAAUUUCACCUCGAAACAUCGUAUAAUAAAAUGAUCAAGUCAAAGAUUCCUCGUCCUCAAAAGGAGAAUUUAUGGAAUCAACAGGUGUCACCGGGAAAGGCGGGGGGAGGAAAUGUCAAGAUGAAAGCCACACAUUCUAUGUUGAAGGAUUCAGGAACGCACACGUCGGCGACCGACUCUGACCCGAUGAGUAGCGACGUCGCGGACAACCAGCGAUCCAGCAGCCCUGAAGGAGACCCCGACUCACCGGGACUCAACGACCUCGGUGAGUUUUCCGUGGCCGAGGACGAGGAAGCCAAUCAACAAGAAUUCCAGAAGGCCAUCGAGGAAAUGGCUCGGCUGGAUUCUCUUCUGUUGUCGGCCGCCUGUAAAGAGAAAGUGGCCAAGCGCCACCUCAGAGAGUCAAAGUCCAAACUGUGGAGGGAACUGCAGGAGAAUAUUCCGUACGGCCACGUUGCAAGUGCCAAGGAGGCAAGGAACACGGAGAUGUUUCUGGCUCUGGAUUCGUAUUUUGGGUUUGAAGGGAGAGAAGACAGUACAGCAGCAAGCCGAACACCUGAUGACGAGGAGCCAAGUCCCACACCCAACAUGCGAGCAUCACCAUUGAAAGAAGAGUCCAGUCAAGCGGAGUUCUCGAGGUGGUCGCCCAAUUCAUCCUCGGAGCAGACGAGAAAACUUCAAGAGGGUGAAAUGGAGUUGGGCGAAACUGGCACUUCAAGUCGCAGGAAGACCGAUCCAGGGCAGCAAGAAACAAGCCCUUUGGAUGAGUUUUAUGAUGAGCAAAACCUGGACCAGAGAGACACAGAGGAGCAAGAGGAGGAGGAUGGUGACGUGGUGAUGACGGAGGCAGAGAAGACCCGCCUGGCGGAGCUUCUCUGGGACAUCAACGGAGGGACUAUGGAGAGGGGUCAAGGGGACAGUGAGAGGAACUUCUCUAACUGUUACGCCCCGGAAGCCUCGGAAAUGGAGGCGCUCAGAGAAAUCGAUGCCAAACUUCGGAAACUCCUUUCCGACGAAGAGUUUCUCUCCGUGCAGAGCACCUUCAUCACGUCCCUGGACGAACCUUAAAGCCUGAGGAGGAGGUGCCAAGUUUGAUGGAUCCCACAAACAUAAACCUUCACUGUCUUGUUCCUCUACUAAAGACAGACUUUCAAGUCACGAAUGUGGCCACUAUCUUGGGGACAAAUCAGUUAAAGUUAUGGAGCAAAAAAUAAAUAAAUGAAAAAAAAGAGCUGUACUUUUGU